AUGAAUGAAGAUGAGCUACAUGCCAUUUUCAGGCGAUUGUACUCUAACGUUGCCUCACCUUCGACGUCAUCCUCCCUUUCCUUUUCCUCCACCACUACCACUAGCACCAGCCCCGUCGCCACUAUCAUUGCUCCGGUUAUUCCUGUAAACACUAACGGUGGUCAAAACCUGAUCUUUCGUAGUCAGAUGUCUUUGUAUCCGCUCGUACAUGGAAACAGUAUAAAUCAAACACCCGAUGGCGAUAAUGAUUCCCACCAACAUGAUAGUGUUAGGGGCUUUCAUUUUGCCGUUACUCCCUCUUCCCCUAUCACUGCCACCAUUUCUACCCUCACUGAUUCGAUUGUGCCCACAAAUGCUUAUAACAGUCAAAAAUUUACCUUUCAAGGUGAAACAUUGAUGUCCCAGUUUCUGUAUGGUGAUAGUAGGGGUCAAACAUCCGGUGAUAACAUCAACUUCGAUGACGUCAUGGAUUUUAAUUAUGCUGCUAAUACCUCUUCCUUCCCCAUGAGUACAACGAACAACAACAAUACAAAUACCAUCACCAGCACUCUAGUUAUGCCUAUAGCCACCGAUAACACCAUAGCUCCUAAUAUGCCUAUAACCACCACAAACACCUAUCCAGUUGUUCCAAUACCCGCCAUUAACACCGGAUUUAUCACACCAGUUAUGCCUAUGACCACCAUUAACACCAACAACACCACUCCAAUCACGUCUAUAACCACCACUAACACCAUCACAGCCACUCCAACAAUGCCUAUAACCACCAGCAACACCAACAGCGUCACCAACACUCAAAUAGUGCCUAUAGAGGCUUACAAUCCACAAAAUUCAACUUUUCAAGUUGAAGAUAUCUAUCAAUUUCGACCAAAUUUACACAUAAAUGAAGAAUUGUUACAAGAACCAUUCAACCCCUUCGACUUUCCCAAUUUACAAAACCAUCCUUCUAUUUUGCGUAUCUCAUCAACCCCAACCUCUUUUUCCUCCAAAGGAUCGCAAGAUCAAGCACACCAACAUUACAACCAAGAACUUCUUCACGGGAAUCAACAAUCUCUUGGCAUUUCCAAGCAUACGAGGACUUAUGCUAAAAGUACAACCCGAUACAAAAAACGGUAA